AUGACUUCAAGGUAUAGAGUUGAGUAUGCGCUCAAGAGCCACCGUAGAGAUGAGUUCAUUGAGUGGAUCAAGGGGCUCUUGGCUGUGCCCUUCGUACUCCAUGCCGAUAUUGAGAACUACGAUAAAGGUUUCACUGAACAUUACACGUCGUUGGAGAACUACGAUUUCUAUGUAGAGACCCAAGAGUCUGUCAUUGCAGCUGAAUGUCGGAAACGUUACCUGGAGAUCUUUGCAGAUGUCGAAAAGUUGGUUGACCAUACAAUUUUCAUGGAUGAAAUCAACGAACGUAACCCCACAAAAGUUGCAGUGAGCAGGUUGCGUAAAUUGGUGCCCUCAGUAGGUCGCUUCUUUACUGCAUUACCAUUGAAAGAGGCAUUUGACAUCGAGGAUGAACGUCGAUGCAUAUCGAAAAGAAGACUUGUUAGUCCUUCGUUCAACGACGUUCGAGUCAUCUUGAAUACUGCCCAGGUUUUAGCUCUUACAAGAAUCUACAAAGACCAUCGCAAGAUAGGUUCCAAGUUGAAGUUGGUCACUUUCGAUGGAGAUGUGACCUUAUACGAGGAUGGCAAAUCGUUGACUGAAAAUGAUGCCGUUGUCAAGAGGUUGAUUACGUUGUUAUCUAUGGACUUGUUCGUAUCGGUAGUCACAGCUGCGGGAUACCCUGGAGAGCUGGGAAUUGCUAAAUACUAUGAGAGAUUGAAAGGAUUGAUCGACGCUAUCAACAGCAAAGACUGUAUCCUCACUUCAACACAGAAGCAGAACUUACUUGUAAUGGGUGGAGAAUCCAACUACUUAUUCCGCUACGAUAAUGCAACGAAGAACUUCAAGUUUGUAGAUGCAAAAGAAUGGCACCUCCCCAUUAUGCUCAGAUGGGACAACAACAAAAUUAUUCAUAUCAUGCAAACCAUCUACAAGCAUUUGGUUCAUUUACAGGCUCGUUUCCAGCUCCAGGAAACUACUUCUAUUGUCAGAAAGGAAAGAUCAAUUGGUAUCAUACCGAACCCAGGAUGCAAGAUUCUUCGUGAGCACUUGGAAGAAAUGGUUCUUUCCUGUUCCAACAAGUUGCACGAAUCGAUCACCUGUGACGAUAUCAAGGUCUGUGCCUUCAACGGAGGAUCUGAUGUCUGGGUCGAUAUUGGGGACAAGAGUCUUGGUGUGGAAGCCUUACAGAAGUACUUGUGCCAAGACCAGACCAUAAACCACAUCUGUCCCAUCUUAAAGAGCGAAAGCUUACAUAUUGGUGACCAGUUCGCCAGUUUAGGUGCCAACGAUUACAAGGCUCGUUUGAGUGCUUGUACUGUUUGGAUCGCAAACCCCAGAGAAACAGUGGCUAUCUUGGAUGACUUGAUUGGCCAUCUUCUCUAA